CAUCGGGGUUUUCUCUCAUACAGUAAGCGCCUGGCACUGACAAUGUGGACAUCAGCGGGGAAUAUAUAGUGUUAUCAUCCGAAUUCGCGUCGUGUUCACAGCGCAUUCAACUUCAUUAUUACCAGAGUGGUGAGUGGAAAGAGAGAGUCCUGCUUCCCCCCCCUCCCUGCCCAUUCCAUCAUCCGUAGAGCAUCUUUCAUGCGUCUCCCUGGGUCCGAAUCCCACGUCAGGAUGAACUGUGAGCAGGAUUUUGGAGAUGGAGGCAUGAACGUCACUCUAACUCUCCGGCUGCUCAUGCACGGAAAGGAGGUCGGCAGCAUCAUAGGCAAGAAAGGAGAGACGGUGAAAAGGAUACGAGAGGAGAGCAGUGCACGUAUCAACAUCUCAGAAGGCUCGUGCCCAGAAAGAAUCAUCACCAUCACGGGCGCCACAGAAUGUGUGUUCAGAGCCUUCACUAUGAUCACAAUCAAACUGGAAGAGGACUUGGCUGCUCUUGUGGCGAAUGGCACAGUCACUAGUAAGCCUCCAGUUACGCUGCGGCUGGUCAUCCCGGCCAGUCAGUGCGGUUCCCUCAUCGGCAAGGGCGGCUCCAAAAUUAAAGAGAUCCGAGAGAAAACAGGGGCUCAGGUACAGGUGGCAGGAGAUCUGCUCCCUAACUCCACAGAGAGAGGCGUGACGAUAUCUGGCAGUCAGGACGCCAUCAUCCAGUGUGUCAAGCUCAUCUGCACUGUAAUACUGGAGUCUCCUCCAAAGGGUGCUACAAUUCCGUACCGCCCCAGUCCUGCUCCAGGGACAGUUCUUCUUGCUGGAAAUCAGGUUUUCGAAACGUCAGAGUUUGCGUCUCACCCGCUUUUCUCAGUGGCUCAGGGAGGGCUGGAUCUGCAACAAGCUUAUACUGUACAAAACCAAUAUGGCAUUCCACACUCAGAGUUGGCCAAGUUGCACCAGUUGUCCAUGCAGCAGGGUCUUGCCCCCAUGGCUCAGCCCACGGCCACCCAAGUUCUGUCCGGCAUUGACUCCAGUUCCCAGACAGCAUCACAAGAACUUCUCAUUCCAAAUGACCUGAUUGGUUCAAUAAUCGGCAGGCAGGGUACCAAAAUCAACGAGAUCCGCCAGGUGUCGGGGGCUCAGAUCAAGAUUGGCAGUCAACUGGACAGCACUAGUGACCGACACGUCACCAUCACUGGCUCCCCAAUCAGCAUCAACUUGGCCCAGUAUCUAAUCACAUCCUGUUUAGAGACCGCCAAAUCCACUGCCCAGUCCUCCUCCAUGUCGACCCCUGUAGACCUCAACAUGAGCUUCACCCAGACUGCUCCCCCUGCAUCGUCCUCUGCCGCAGCCCUGGCAGCGAUGGGCGGCCUGCCCCACGCUCCAAUCUUGGGCGCCCCCUAUACCCUCCCCCUCUCCAGCCUCCUGGGAAUCAAAUCCGUCCCCUUCCUGGCACUCUCGGCCCCUGCUGCCCAAGCUGCUGCUGCCGCCGCCGCCGCCGCCGCUGCCCCUGCCCACGGCACCUUGGCUUCCUACACCGCCAAGAUCUCCUCCGCCAACGGCAUCAAGAAACCAGAGCGACAGAAGUUUGCGCCCUACUGAAGUUCGCUGAGAGGAACUAGCCAGUACCUCCUUUGUUUCCGAGACAACAAACAGGAGAGGAAUACUUUGAGGGUUAUUCUCUUCUAGCCUGAUGUAGCUGUGUAGAAACAGACGGUACCAAUUUUUUUUUUUUUUUUUUUUUUGGUUUAGUAACUUGUCCUGAAAAAACGGUAGGAAAAUAAUGGCAUAAAUUAACGUUUUUUUUGUUUUGUUUGUUUGUUGAUGUUUUUGGCUGAGGUAGCCGCUAAAGCCAUAGACUAUUCCUAAUCUCCUAUUUUCCCGAAAUCUUUACACGCGUUUAUUGUCUACUCAUAUUUAUUGAUAACAAUGAAAUAUUCCCGCAAAGAGUUUAUAACGUAGAACACUGUUGACUGAUGCUAAUCUCUUAUGUAUCAGCUUUUAUACAAUGAUGUCUGUGAAUGCUUCUGUAUACAACUUCCUGAUUUUUUUAGAAAUCUUUAAAUGAUGUAUUAAAACAAAAAUAUGAAAAAAAGAAAUGUUUUUAAAAUGACAUAAGAUCUAAACCUUGCUUUUGUGUUACAUUUUUACGUUUUGUUCACAUUCGUUUUGAAAUGUUAUUUAUUUUAUUUAUUGUGCGGAGUGUUUCUUUUACAGUCAAUGUUUGUUUUUUCUGUAACGGCUGCAGACAUUUCUUCCACUCGAAUUACAUACGUCCUGAAAAAGACACAUGUCUGAGUAACCUCGAACAAGACAUUAGUUUAGGUAGAGGGUUUCUUUGCUUUAUAUGGGAAGUGAAUGGUGCCACGGUGAAUUCUGGUAUAAAUAUCCAAAUACUAAACGGCUAACAAAUUCAUUUCAAAACUUGGCUAGCCAUGGCUGAGUAUGAACAUUAUUGUUUCAGGGAGGUUCUUUCACCAUUUCUAAUGGCAUAAAAUGACUACUAUGCAUGGUGACUGCCCUCGUCGGAACCUAAUGCUGCAUGUUGACUUGGCCCCUCACACAUACACACUAGCAAAGAUAGCUAACGCGUAGGUCUCUUUGUUGAUGGCGUUAAAAAUAGGCAGUGCUGCAGAAGAGCAAUAUUCGUCUGAAAGUACUAAAAUAUACACAUAUGGCAGAUCUACACAUAAACAUGCUUCAAGUGUAGCUACAGUAAUCAUUAUGCUCAAUCACAGAGUAUAUUACGUGGACUGUCUUUUUCUUUUCUUUUUUUAAUAUAGAAAUAAUCACACUUAUUUUUCUAAAACUAGAGUCCUAAAAAAAUUGAAUGUGACCACUCACACAAUUCAUUCAUGUGGUAGAUGCAGUAUAACCUUGACUCGUGUUUGUCAUUUUUUUCUUUAUCGUAACGUUUUUUUUGUUUCGUUUAGAUCUUUUCAAACGUCUGUCCCAUACUCAUUUGCAUGAAUUUAACUUGGCGUCUAUGCAAAACAUCUCGGGGGCGGUUCAGUGAGGUAUCCUGUGUCAUGCUUCAUAGAUGGCCCUAAAUAAACCACCAGUGGGAAAGGGCUAUUGGCAAAGACGGAAUUCAAGGACAACGAUGCUCUCAAAUUUAUGAACCAUGCUAUGUAUAAUAUAUAUACAUAAAUAUAUAAAUAUAUGUUAUAUUAUAUUCAUAUUUCCCAUUCCAAAGCCUAACACAUAACCACCCUCUCUUACACACUCUAUGAAAUGACACCGUGUGGCUUUGAAACGCACUGUCACCCUUCACCGUGAUAAUUCCACGAUAGCCGGACAAGGUUUGAAAACUGUGCAGAUGCUUGAAUUAUCCAAAGUCUGGUUUUUGGAUUCACACGAGGUUUCGUUUGUCAGCCUUGGCAUAAAUGCAACUCUUGUUUUAGUUUUAUUCAUCAAUGCCAUAAAAAUGAAUAAAAACAAUACUGUAUUAACGUAA